GCGGGUGGGAAGUGCAGACCUAACGGCGCCGCGGAAGCUUGUGCCCUCCCUCUCCAGUCCGCAUCCCUCCUUGGGCCCGGCUGUCACUCUUGCCUUCCCUGUCCCUAAUGGCGCUGUUCCGACGCCCGACGGUGUCCAGUGAUUUGGAGAAUAUUGACAAAGGACCUAAUUCUAAAGCUAAGAGUCAUGUGACUAUUAGACGGGCAGUUUUAGAAGAAAUAGGAAAUAGAGUUACAGCCAGAACAGCACAAGUAGCCAAGAAAGCUCAGAGCACCAAAGUACCUGUGCGAACUAUCAAAACCGCAAAUGUCAACAAACAGCUAAAACCCACUGCUUCUGUGAAACCAGUACAGAUGGAAAUGUUGUCUCCAAAGGAUCCAUCUCCCACACCUGAGGAUGUCUCUAUGAAAGAAGAGAACCUAUGCCAAGCUUUCUCCGAUGCUUUACUCUGCAAAAUCGAGGAUAUUGAUAAUGAAGAUUGGGAGAAUCCUCAACUCUGCAGUGACUAUGUUAAGGAUAUCUACCAGUACCUAAGGCACCUUGAGGUUCUGCAAUCUAUAAACCCACAUUUCUUAGAUGGAAGAGAUAUCAACGGACGUAUGCGUGCCAUCCUGGUGGACUGGCUGGUGCAAGUCCACUCCAAGUUUAGGCUUCUGCAGGAAACUCUGUACAUGAGCAUUGCCAUCAUGGAUCGUUUUUUACAGAUUCAGCCAGUCUCUCGUAAGAAGCUUCAACUGGUUGGUAUUACAGCUCUGCUCUUGGCUUCCAAGUAUGAGGAAAUGUUUUCUCCAAAUAUUGAAGACUUCGUUUACAUCACAGAUAAUGCUUAUACCAGUUCCCAAAUCCGAGAAAUGGAAACUCUAAUUUUGAAAGAACUAAAAUUUGAGUUGGGCCGACCCUUACCACUACACUUCUUAAGGCGGGCAUCAAAAGCUGGAGAGGUUGAUGUUGAACAGCACACUUUAGCCAAAUAUUUGAUGGAGUUGACUCUCAUCGACUAUGACAUGGUGCAUUAUCAUCCUUCUAAGAUAGCAGCAGCUGCUUCUUGUUUGUCUCAGAAGGUUCUAGGUCAAGGAAAAUGGAGCUUAAAGCAGCAGUAUUACACUGGCUACGCAGAGAAUGAAGUAUUGGAGGUCAUGCAGCACAUGGCCAAAAAUGUGAUGAGAGUAAAUGAAAACUUAACGAAAUUCAUUGCCAUCAAGAAUAAGUAUGCAAGCAGCAAACUUCUGAAGAUCAGCACGAUCCCUCAGCUGAACUCAAAAACCAUCAAAGACCUUGCCUCACCUCUGAUAGGAAGGUCCUAGGCUGCUGUGGCUCUCUGGGAUGAGUGCUUCAUCCAUGCACUUUUUCUUACUGGUUUGGAGCUCUUGACUUUGUAUAAAGUCCUCUGGUCUAUUUGAUAAAACCUUUUCUCAGACUUAUUUUCUAAAUCUAUAUUGACGAAAA